AAUUUGACGGGGAGACAGUUCUGUGUCGAGUAUGUGGCGACCGGGCCAGUGGGUUUCACUAUGGCGUCCAUGCUUGUGAAGGAUGUAAGGGCUUCUUCCGGAGGUCCAUUCAACAGAAGAUCCAGUACCGACCUUGCCUCAAAAAUCAGCAGUGUAACAUUCAGAGAGUCAAUAGAAACAGAUGUCAAUAUUGUCGACUCAAAAAGUGUAUCACAGUUGGAAUGUCUCGGGAUGCUGUUCGAUUUGGUCGUGUGCCCAAAAAAGAAAAAGCCAGAAUCAUAGAGCAGAUGCAAAAGAAGAACUUAGCCUCACAGUCCAGUGAGUUGAACAGCCUGCUCUCUAAUGACCUUGAUAUAGUUGAGGCGGUGGUGACAGCCCAUCGUCAUACAUGUGAGAUCUCACAGUUUGAUGCUCACAAGAUGCGGGAUCUAGCCCUCAUGAAGCAGGAGUAUAUCAACUGCCCAGCAAAUAUGGCUUGCCCCUUGAAUAAUGAAAUUAGCAUGGAGACAAGUGCAAACCGUCACAACUUAAGUGACUUCUCCGAGAGUUUCACUCCUGCAAUAAAAUCCGUGGUGGACUUUGCCAAAGGAAUUCCAGGAUUUGUCUUACUGAACCAAGAUGACCAGGUGACCCUGCUUAAGGCUGGCACGUUUGAGGUUUUGCUUGUUCGAUUGGCCUGUUUGUUUGACCCACAUUCAAACACCAUGAUGUUUACAGGCGGAAAACUCUUUCAGAGACAGCCAGCAUCUAUUAUGACAACCAAUGCUGGCUUCUUGUUGGAUUCUAUGUUUGAUUUUGCCGAACGUUUUAACAAAAUGUGUUUGAUUGACGACGAGAUUGCACUGUUCUCAGCUGUGGUGCUUUUAUCUCCAGACCGGCCAGGACUUCGUAAUAUAGAACAAGUGGAGAAGAUCCAGAACAAGCUCACCGAAGCUCUACAGAACAUGAUCAGCACCAACCACAAGGAGGACGGAACAUUGUUUGCAAAGCUUCUCAUGAAGACCACUGACCUUCGAACCCUCAAUACGUUACAUUCGGAAAAGUCUAUAGCUGGACAACGGUCAAAUCUGGACAGAAAAGAAAGAGACAUAACUGAUGAUGUUGAUAUGGAUUUUCAAGACUCUCUCAGUACUAGGUCCAGUCGCUCGUCACCAACACUGUCAGAGACAUCCAACAUGACCAUGACCUCCGGAUAUAGCGGCGAAACUGAUGGCAGUAAUCUGGUCAUUGGUCAGCGAUUAACAUCUGACCCUUCUGGGCAUCAGAUCGUGCUGAGGACCCCAUACGGAACAUUCUUCCGAGAAGAAAUGUCAGGUUUUUAUGGUAUGAUGACUGAUCAACCCCGGCGAAGAUGCAAUACUCUGGACCGAGACACACUGAGUCGCCCUAGAUUGCAUACAAUUGAGGAAGGCAAUCGUCGCCGAUACACCCUUGAUAAGGAAUAUAUUAACAAGAUGGCAAACAGACUGAGCGAUCGGCUGGAGUCCAGGAAUGUCAUCAGAGGAGACUCUCUGCCCCCGUCAAUGUCAAACUCAGCCACAAGCUCUCCUAUUCAGGAAGAAGCCAACGUGCAUUACCCAGUUCCAUCUAAUGCCAGCUUUGCUCCAAUCACAGUGCCGGAUGGAAUUCUGGGACAUUCAUCUUCUCUGGCAACCCGCUCCAGUCCUUUGAGUGGGACAGAAGCUUUCAUGGCUGCUGCAAGGUCGGGAUCCUCGCCAGGGUCUCCUAAAUCCAGGUCUCGAUCUGGAUCAUUUACCCAGGAAGACUAUGCCAACGCACGACCUCGCUGCUUCAGCUUUCACCUAAACAGUGAGGGAAGGGCUGCACGCAUGUCUCUGCAGCGGCGCAUGCUGGCCGGCGAUCCAGGCCAGGAGCGUGAUGGCCAGAUAGCAUCUGACGGCAGCCACUAUCUAUCGCCAGAUAUGAGACGCAGCAGUGUCGGAGCUUCUUAUGGCCUCCAUGCUCACAAGCCCUCAUCACUGGUUGAUCGUCCUUUCUCUUACAUCCACGGGCGGGUAGAAAUUGACAAAUCCACAGAGGGAGAGAGUCUCCCAGUCAUGAAGAGAAUGAUGCCAGAUGGCUCAGUCUAUGGCAUCCAGUUGGCCCCAGACAUGACCUCUCAACAUCCUCAAAGUCUGUGGCACCCACAAGCCACUUUAGCUAUGGGAGUAGCUGCCCCUGUCCCGGUUUCUGUCAUGCAGCGUACCAGAGAUGACUUGGGACGCCCUUUGAACUCAAGGCCCCAAGAGUGGGAAAACACCAACUGUGUCUCCAGAGAGUCUCGGGACUCCCUUCAAAGGGAGUUGGGAAAAAUGUCAGCAAAUGGGCAAAAUGGAAAUCCCAGUGUUGCCAUACGAGACUCAUUGGACACUCAGGCUCAGAAAAUCUCUAAGCUUGAUUCAGUUGGAGAGAAGACAGCGGCUGAUAGGAGUACCAUGCCCACAACAGCCAGUCUCCUGUCUGCACAUCUCCAUACAGGAAGUUCCUCUCCUGUCAGUAUCAUUACACCUGCAGAACGAAAGAGCAGUUUCCAAGAAAACAAAGCUGGGGAUCUUAUUGCAGACAGUGCCUUGAUUAAUGUGGACACUUUAGCACCAGGACUGAGAUCGAAGGCAUCUACCCCAGAGGUCAGCUUUGGCUCAAAGGCAAGCUCUCUGAGAGGAUCCCCCAUAAGUGAUGACCUUUAUUCAGAGUCCUUUGGUCACAAGAAAUUUGAUAAAUUUCGCAAGGAUAAAGUCCAGGGGGAUGCAUCUUCUGCUUCUGCAACAGAAGAGCAAGUCAAUGUAGCCAUAAGUAAGGAAAAAAUGGACUUGAGAAUUAAAGAAGAACGAAUGGAAGACGAUGAAGUUGCAGAGGAGGAUAGUGAGUCAAAGGAGCUGAAAGUUGAUGUUACAGACAUGAAGGCAGAGAGGAAAGGUCCUCAUUUUGAAAUCAGUCCAUCAGUAUCCAACUGCUCAACCCCUUCUCCCAACAGUGACCGGCCAAAGCUGUCCGCCAGGGAAGCCCAUCCAAACUUGUUGGCUCAGCUCAUGAAUGGUGGCGCUGCUGCCAGGCAGAGUUCUCCCCACUUGCCAACUACAACAGCAGUGCCAGCAGCAGUACCCUCAGCAAGUAUCCCGUCCGGCUAUUCUUGGGCAGUUCCAUCACAGUUAGCUGGUGGCUCGCACUCUCAGCUUCAGACCCAACUGUUCAGACAACCAUUCUUCACACCCCAGAGUUCCAGCUUUGCAGGACUGAUCACAUCUUCAUCGUCACCGCCUUCAGCAUCAUCCUCGGUACAAGCUCCCAGCCGUCAGUCAGUGGCUAUCAAUGGCAACAGUUCUUCAGGCCCCUCCGUCCCUGUCACUUUUUCUAGUCAAACCACAGGCUGUAGCUCAGACCACAAGUCUACCAACACCAAGGAGGAAUUCCAUGCAGCAGCGGUCUCUCACUUAAAGGACAAAAUUCUUCGUAAAUAUGACAGCAUGGAGAACCUCUGCAAAAUAGGUAAGGACUCAUCUGCUUCGGGUGGAGGCACAGGAUCGAACACACCGAAUUCAUGCCAGUGGUCGAAGUCAAACUCCCCAACAGUUCAAGCAGUCCUUUCUGGCACGUUGGAUCUCAAUAAGGAACUUGCUACAAAACUGACACUGUCAUCGUCAACGCCACCUACUGGCUCAAUCACAACAUCAACUCCACCAUCCUCAUCACCAGCAGCCUCUGCACCAGGACAUGUUUUUCCAUUUUCCAGUUCACCUGGUGGCACAGCAUCUGCAGCAGCAAUGCUGUCAGCACCCACAACUUCCCACCCUGACCCAUCCAGAGCAUUCUCCCCUCACAGAAUGUCCCAACUGUCUCAUAUGCUGCUGUGCCAAGACAUCCCCCCUACCUCCCUCCCAAUGUACCAUUCCAUGCUGAGUCAGCAGUACUCCAACUACAGAAACAGUUUGGCUGCACCAGUCAAUUCCAAUCCCACUUCUAUGUCCCCACUUAGCAGCAUGCAACAUUUAGCUCAAAUGAUUGCUCAGGGCCAGGUAGCGGCUGCUUCGGAUGCCAUUCAGAGACGGCUCGGCUCAGGCUCACCCUUGAACUUGACCUCUAAGAUGGAGGAGGACCAUGUCCUUCCUGGGUCAAACUCUCCAUCCCACAGUCCUCAAACUAUGGUCUAG